AUGAAGGCUAACCUCGUCAUCGUCUCGACGCUGCUGGUGUCGGUCGUUAACGGAGUUGGCAUCGGUCCCCAUCCGCCUCCUGUGCAUGACCAUCACUACGCGGGUUCUGCCGUGUCCGACCGCCGCGGCGGCGGCAGCAGCAGUCUCUUCCCAUUUUUAACAAAGGUGCGCGACGACGUUGUUGAAUUCAUCUUCGGACGACACUCGUCUGGAGAUGGGGAGGGUGCCGGUGACGAUGACAGCGCUUCUGGUGGCCCACUACCGAUACCAGACAGCAUCCGGUCACGUUACGCAGAUGAGGUGGUGCUGCGGUUCAACUUGACAACGGCGCAGGAGGAGCUGGCUCUGUCCCGGGCGGCGGACCAGCUGUUUCUGGACGUGUGGGCCGUGUCGAGCGACUUCGUUGACAUCCGCAUGCACAAGGACGAGGUCGGCCCGCUGCUCAGCCUGGUGCCCGAGUCGCUGCGCCGGUCCCAGUCGACCUUGAUCGCUGACCUGGCGGCCGCCGUGUACCAAUCUCUGCCAUCGGACCGGGUGCGCGAUCAGCAGCAGGCCAGCACGGCCGAGAGCGUGCACGCCGACCUGUCGGCCCACCUCAACAACGGGGGGGACAACCUCUUCUUCCAGGACUACCAACCGCUGCCCGUCGUGGUCCGGUGGAUGCGCCUCCUCGAGGCCAUGUUCCCGUCGUACGUCAGGUACCUCGACAUCGGCCAGUCCUUCCAGGGCCGCGAGAUCCCCGCGCUGCGCGUGGGCGUCCCCGGUGCGCCCGACCCGCUGCACCCCCGCAAGACUAUCGUCAUCACGGGGGGCUUCCACGGCCGCGAGUGGAUCUCGACCAGCACCGUCAACUACCUGGCCUGGUCGUUCAUCACAUCGUUUGGCAAGGAGCCCCUCAUCACCAAGCUGCUGGAGCAGCUCGACAUCAUCUUCAUUCCCGCCACUAACCCGGAUGGCGUCGAGUACACCUGGCAGGUCGACCGCCUCUGGCGCAAGACGAGGCAGCUGACGGGCCUCCGAUACUGCCCGGGCAUGGACCUCGACCACACCUUCUCGUACGAGUGGGAGAGUGCCCAUGUCCACGACGACCCUUGCUCAGAACGCUACGGCGGCGAGCGGCCCUUCCAGGCCGUCGAGGCCAUGCGCCUCGCCCAGUGGGCCAGGAACCACUCGGCUCAGGCCCACGCCAAGUUCGUCGCCCUCGUCGACCUUCACUCCUACUCCCAGCAGGUCCUCUUUCCCUUUGCCUACUCGUGCGAUGUCGACCCUCCUAACCUCGAGAACCUCGAGGAGUUGGCCGCCGGACUCGCCAAGACGAUCCGCCUUUCCAACGGUGAGACCUACUCCGUCACCUCGGCCUGCAGGGGCUCCGCCACGGGUGCCGACAGCGCCGAGUCGCCGACCGACUCCCGGCAGCACCUCGAGACCGGCGGCGGCUCCGCCAUCGACUGGUUCUACCAUGAGCUCCAGGCCCACUACAGCUACCAGAUCAAGCUCCGCGACACGGGCAGCUACGGCUUCCUCCUUCCCAAGGAACACAUCGUGCCCACUGGCGAGGAGAUCUUCGACGCCAUGAAGUACUUUGGCGAUUACCUCCUGGGAAACAAUGGCAUCGAGCGCUUCUCAGACGAGGACGAGGACGAACAUGUGACAGCCAAGGACGACUCUUCACCGUUCAGCAACGACGAUGAGACGGAGCUGUUGGAUAGCAUGGAGCUCAGGCGACGGAGGGUCCGUCGGUAA